GGCGGAGAAGCCGGCGGCCGUGCCAGCUGCCGACGAGGCAUCCUCCGCCGAGUUGGCAAACCUUCGAGCGCAGCUGGAGGAGCUGCGGGCGGAGAAGGAUGCUGCGGCCGCGUCCGCAGCCGACGCGGCGGAGGCGUUGGCCUCCGAGCUCCACCGCCUGGAGGGGACGAACCGCGAGCUGCUCAAGGUGCAGGGGACCCUGCGCUCCCGGCUGAAGCAGGAAGAGGCCCAGGGAGCUGAUGUCCGAGAUGAGCUGGAACAAGUCCAGGGCCAGCUGGAGGAGCUCUCCACUGCGCGGGAUGAGGCCGCCGCGGCUCUCCAGAAGCUCCAGGAUGAGACCAAGGAGAAGGACGUGUCCUUGCAGCAGCUCUCAGACGCUUCCCGGGAGAAGGAUGCCACCAUACAAGAGCUCCAGGCGACCUUGGAUCUGCAGAAGGAGAGGGCGCGAGCGCAG